UCGCUUGAACACACGAGAGUUUCUAGGCCCUGCACGUAAUCGCGUGUCCACGCACGGUGAACGCUAGCACUCGUUUGCUAGACGGCCGGCUAGCAAAACGAGUCGAUUUCUCCUGGUGCGCGAUAUCGCGGUAAGAGGUGGAGGAUACGUUACUCGUCGAAAAAUUGGAGGGUAUUGUCGAAGGCACCGGUUACGAGGGGACCUUGUGGUAGUUAGACAGGAAACGAUAGGAACGAGACAGAAUAGCCGAGAAGACGGAAAGGAGAAAAGAAGAAAAGAAGGAAAGAAAGAACGGUGGAAGAAGAGGAAGAGAGACGGAAAUAAAGAAGAACGAAAGGUAGCCAGAGUGUACAGGACACACGAGGAGAGAGACGACAGGGCGAGAGAAAGACACACACGAAGCGCGUUAGAGUGCGUGAUCCAAAAUGGCGCUGAACCAGGACGUGGACCAGUUGUCGAAGAGUAAUCUCGUGGUAAGGAUCGAUCAAAACUCCGAAUCGGAUCUACAAGCGCUAUUCGACAGCGUCCUGAAGCCAGACUCGAAGCGUCCGCUGCAAGUACCAUUGCGCAUGCGCAAUCUACCAGAUUCCUUCUUUAAUCCACCGUCGACGGGUAGCAAAAGUCCCUCGAUCUCGCAUUCCCGGGAGAAUUCGGCGGAUUCGGCGUUCGGUACAGCAGCCGCGGCCGCGGCGGCAGCGGUCGGCGGCGGUGGGCCAACACCCGGUGGAAACGCGACUGGUACACCGGCUACCGGAGCAGCAGGUGCGGCUACUGGUGGAAGUGGAAAUAGCGCUGGUAGCGGAUCAAACGCCGCAGGUGCGGCCGCGGCUGGCCUUACCGUAGCUCAUCCUCGCGCCCACAGCAGCCCGGCUUCUCUUCAGCAAACCUACGCCUCGGCUCAGCAGGCGCCUCAGCACGCGCCUCAACCGCACGCGCGUCACCAUCAUCACCAGAAGCAGCGCAGCUACGACGUCAUCAGUACGGUCGACGACCUAGGUCCCCUGCCGCAUGGAUGGGAACAGGCGCGCACCCCCGAGGGACAAAUCUACUUCCUCAACCACCUGACGCGAACCACGACAUGGGAAGAUCCACGAAAAACAGCGGCGGCGGCGAACGUUGCGGCUGUGGCCGCAGCCGUCGACAAUGGGAAAUCCUCGACCGGCGCUACCAAUUCUCUAGGUCCAUUGCCCGACGGAUGGGAACAAGCGCGUACUCCCGAAGGAGAAAUCUAUUUCAUUAAUCAUCAGACACGCACCACUUCGUGGUUCGAUCCAAGAAUCCGUAAGUUUCCGAUCUUGCGAAUAGAAUCUUUCACUUUAGUUUCCUUCAUCUUGGAUAAUCAUUUUUAUCCCGAUCGAAUAAUUAAUAAUAAUUGCGCACACGUUUCAGCUACUCAUCUUCAAAGGGCUCCGACCUCAGGUGCAAUGUUACCGCAAAAUUGGCUUCAACAGCAACAACCUACAGGUGGUGGUAUUCAGAAUAAUCAAACAUUGCAAGCGUGUCAACAGAAACUUCGCCUCCAGUCGCUACAAAUGGAACGCGAGCGUCUCAAACAACGGCAACAGGAAAUUAUACGUCAGCAAGAGCUAAUGCUUCGACAGAGCACCACCGACGCCGCUAUGGACCCAUUUUUGUCGGGAAUCAACGAGCAACACGCACGCCAGGAGAGCGCGGACAGCGGCCUGGGCCUUGGUUCCGCUUAUUCCCUCCCUCACACACCGGAAGAUUUUCUUGCAAAUAUCGACGAUAAUAUGGAUGGUACAAGCGAUGGCGGCGCACCCAUGGAGACCCCGGAUCUUUCUACUCUGAGCGAUAAUAUCGAUUCGACCGACGAUCUCGUUCCAUCGUUACAGCUGAGCGAAGAUUUUAGUAGCGAUAUUUUGGACGAUGUGCAAUCGUUGAUAAACCCUAACACGACAAAACCUGAAAACGUGCUGACGUGGCUGUAGUGUGGAGGAGGGAAUUGUCUAUGACAGGCAAGCGAUUUAUGAUGAAAUUGAUUCGUUACAAAAACAAAAAAAAAAAACAAAAAAAAAAAAAUUGCAAUUUCAAUACGUCUAAAACUGAACUGGAAUGAUUCUAGAGGAUCUUACCAAUAAAGUCUAACGACUAUUCCAUAGAGAAAAAGGAAAAAAAAGAAAAAAAAAACGCACGUGAACGAGGAAAAAAAAAAUUUAAAG